UUCUCUCAGAAAGGAAAAUGGCGGCUCUCGGACGCAUCUCUCAAGUGUUCCUGAGGUCUUCUUUGACCCAGGCCCGGCGUCAGCUCUCCGCUGCUGCUGCUGACGGUGGACACGGCGGGUUAGCCCAGAAAUGGAAGAUUCUCUCCUUCCUGGUCGCCUUACCUGGUGUUGGGGUGUGCAUGUUGAACAUGUACCUUAAACAGCAGCAUGGCCACGAACGGCCAGAGUUCGUCCCGUACAGCCACCUUCGCCUCCGCACCAAGCCUUUCCCUUGGGGAGAUGGCAAAAAAACCCUGUUCCACAACCCACAUUUGAAUGCCCUUCCUGAUGGCUAUGAGGAGGCUGAUGAGUAAACCCUCUCUCCAGAUCUCAUAACUGGGACCAGUCCCUCAGUGUUUGUUACUGGACCACACUCACAUUCACAGUUUACUCUUUUCAUUUGUGUUCGGUUUACCUCUGUGCUCUCAACAUGGGGCACCCAAACCUAAAGAUUCCUUUGCUCUGGACCACAAAACAAAACGUCUGCUUAAACUGAACUUGACGCUUAAACUGAAUUAACAUAAAUAAAGUAACUAUUACCUCA